AUGGCAGAGGCUGCUGCAACGCAUUCUGUAAAUGCUCUGCCAUCGCCAAGCAGCGUCAAUGGAAAGGAGCAGCAACCAUGGGAUUUCUCCGUCCCAAUCAGCCAAGACUCCCAGCCGCAAAAUGCACAUUCAUUCUCUAAGCCACGAACCUCGAACGAUUCGACCGCCACAUAUUCUAAGUCAAGUCCGCGUCAUAACCAACCUGCUCUAGUCAACGGAGCCUCACGAUCUGGGAACUCCUCGCGGUCUGGCUCGAGGCAGGGCGACACAGGAUAUCUCCUACCCAACCGAGUAGAUGCGUUGAGCAAGCGGGAACCAACUCUCAGCAGGACGGGCAGUGAAGUAGAUAGUCUUUUGGAUUUGUAUGGUCGAGAAUCAGUCAACAGGAGUGCCGUGAGCGUGAUGGAAUCCGAGGAAAAGAAGACUGACACUGUUGGCUUCAGUAACGAAGAAUUAGACAGUGCUAAUUGGAUUCAUCGGGACAAAUUGGCUAAAAUUGAAAGUGAGGAAUUGCAACAAUUUGGCAUUCAGCUCCACCAGCGACAGGUUCGUGCCGGAAGCAAGUCAAGCAGCAGACGAGGCAGGAGCCACGAUUCCCACAACAAUGUCACAAACGGCACGGUGGAGAUUGGCGAACAAUGGCCUGGAACACGUGAAGAAAAACGACAGCGGAUCACAUCCCCAGUGCCUAUUGAGUAUGAGGAACAAGAACCAGAUGACAGUGGACCGGUCGUCUUCGAAGACCCUCGCUUACCCGAGGAAAUCGCUGCAGAUCCUUCAGCGAUCCUCUAUCAACCGCAGCUGGUGACGCUCCUGAACCAGAAAUCCAGCCGCAAUCGCUGCAACAAACGGAGCGGCAACCAAGACUCAGGCGCAACCACUGACCUCAUCGGACUCGACUCUCCUACGAGCCGACCCACUAGUGGCAGUAUCACUUAUCAACAGCAAGCCUCUCCUACGAAACCGAAGGCAACUGCUAGACACUCAAGCACCGCCCAUAAAUCAUCCAAUCCACCGAAUAAUCGCAAGCCAUCAACAUCAAAACCCAAAGCGACGGCCGGCAGCAGCAACAAUAACAGCUCCAUCAGCUCCUCAAAUCAGCGUCCGUCUACUAGAUCUGGGGAUGAUCGCCCCCGGACCUCAGUUAACCGUCCAGAGGGAGAUCCGCCAUGGUUGGCGACCAUGUAUAAACCCGAUCCACGCCUACCACAAGACCAACAAAUUCUCCCCACCCAUGCGAAAAGACUCCAACAGGAGCAGUGGCAACGAGAGGGCAAAGUUCCAUCUACGUAUGACCGAGAAUUCGCACCCUUGGCUAUUAAUGAAGUUAGCAAACCCACUCUUCCCAAUCUGGAUGUCGAAAAGGCACAAGAAAACAAUACCGCUUCCUCCCUCUGGCCACCAACACCGACGGCGAAAUCUCCGGACAACAACAAUCGCCCAAGUACAGGUGGGACGGACCAUGGUGGUUACAAAACUACACCAACGGUGCAAUCCUCCCUAUCUCCGAAGCCCUCACAGAUCUCGCAGCCGAAACCACAACCUCCACCUGCAGAUGAUCCGCCAGUGGAGGAGAAAGGCUGCGGUUGUUGCGUUGUCAUGUAA